GAAGUAACGAUAAUUGGUCUAUCAUAUACUAAAAAAGGAAAAGCGUGGUCUAUCAAUCACGAUGCUGAAACCGCAGAAGAAAUGAUGCGAUCAACUGAUAAGAUCGAAAAUUUUAAAGAUAACAAUGUCAUAGUAUUUCAGCAUCAGUGGAUGCUAAAAUAA